UGAUCGUUACGCUAAGGGAGAUAGAGCUGGUAGAGGACGCAAGAUUCGAUCGAGAGCGUUGAAAGCGCAGAGAGCGUGCCUUAAGGCGAGACGAACGAUAACUUGUGUACAGCCACCGAUUUUACGUAUCGGAUCGAUCGCAGAAAUUAUCGUUGUCGACUGGAUCAAUUGUCAGCUACCAGAACCAUGUGGGGCGAGCGGAUAUUUUACCGGAUAUGGGGGCAUGUCGUCGAAUUAAUUAAUAGGCUUAUGUUGGGAUUCUGGAUAUAUUUCCAUGAGAUUGUUUCCAUGAGAUUCAUUGAGAUUGAUAAGCCAGUAAAUUUUUGGCAAGACGGACCCGCGCACACCAUGAUAUGCAGGUGCUAUGAAGUCCGAGAUGUCGGACCUCAAACCGAUCACCUACCCAAAACCCGGGAUGGGGCGGUUCAGACGGACCCGCACCCCAAGUAUCCACCCCUGUGGAUGGUGCGCGAGAAGAGACGCCGCUUACUCGCUCGAGAUCCACUACUGUAGGUAUCUGGACCCAGCAACUCUCGACCCCCGGACCCCCGACCAGCAACGUCGCAGAACUGCACGCCGAGCUCAUCCCGGAGUAGCGAUAUUCCACCGAAUGACUUCUGGAACUGCGGUGAUGUGGCGCACCAUUAUUCCAAUUACCCACAACCCCGAAGGUUGCAAUUCUGUUAUGGAUGCGGAAGAAGAGGAGUCACCAUAAGGACUUGCCCCCAUUGUAGAAGAGCCUAGAGAGACCUCGAACUUUAUCAUCCCGAUCGCAGGCAUGAUUUUUGAAAGAAAUAGAGGCUGUCGAGUACCGAAAGACCCAAAAGGAAAACAAUAAAAACUAAAGUUAUAAUAGUAAUAAUAAUAAUAAAA